UCACAGGACCCCGUGACAAGGCAGGGAAUUCAAAAAUUCAAAACAAACAGCGAGCUGUUGUUGUUCAGUUAUGGUAAUGUUUACUCUCGGCAUACCUACGGAUAAGUGACAAUAUUGUCUCUUUAUAAUGGAGGUAGGGGACAAACACGAAGCUGGUUCAAAUGUGAAGUCAGUGGAGAAACCUAAGCCUCCUUCGAUCGAUGAUUUCAUCGUUUUGAAACCCAUCAGCCGUGGCGCCUUUGGAAAAGUCUACCUCGCUCGGAAGAAGAGCAAUGCCCGUUUAUAUGCUAUUAAGGUCAUGAAGAAGGCAGACAUGGUGGAUAAAAACAUGGCGAACCAGAUGAAGGCGGAGAGAGAUGCCCUCGCUCUCAGCAAAAGUCCCUUCGUUGUCCACCUGUUUUACUCUCUCCAGACUGCAGCCAAGAUCUUUCUGGUGAUGGAAUACCUGAUCGGCGGGGAUGUGAAGUCUCUCCUUCAUAUUUAUGGGUACUUUGAGGAGGACAUGGCUGCAAAGUACAUCUCUGAGGUUGCGCUGGCUUUGGACUACCUCCACCGCCACGGUAUAAUCCACAGGGACCUGAAGCCAGACAACAUGCUUAUAUCCAAUGAAGGUCACAUCAAGCUGACAGACUUUGGCCUUUCAAAAGUCAAGCUUGACAGAGAGCUGAGUCUUAUGGAUAUCCUCAUGACUCCAUCUUUGGCUAAACAACAAAAAGACUUCUUCCGCACACCGGGUCAAGUUCUCUCUUUGAUCAGCUCCUUUGGAUUCAACACACCUGCAGGAGAAAGCAGGCGGCACUGCAGCGCCUCAGCUGCGUCCAGAACGAUGUCCUGCGACAAAGUCAAGCAGAAGAACAACUCGCUUAACUCUCCUUUGAAGAACAACUCUGAUCAGCCGUUUUCCACAGCCGAAUACCUUUUUAAACAGAGACCUAAAUCCAUUGUCUUUAAUCCUCAUAAACUGGAAAAAAACCUGACUCCCAGGUUACUGAGGACUAGGAAGAGGUUUGAGACAAUGAGUGCAGGAAGCACCACCGACACAGAGUGCGGUAUCAGUCCCAUGUGGGAGUGUGAGGAGAAAGAAAAUUAUCACCAGAAUGAGCAGAGGUCUAGAGGGCAGUCUGAGCUUAAAGGACCCCAACAGACCUGUGGAGGUUCUGCCAAAGCUCCCCACAAUAUGACUAAAAUGUCUAAUUAUGACAGACUUAUAGGGGAAUGUUCCCCUCGACCUUUCUCCACAGCUGGGCUUGAUGUUUGUCCAACAGUGAAGGAGAACUGCCAGCUAACAGUUCACUCAUCUGUAAAGAGGACAUUCUCAGAGUUGGAUAUAAGUCCAGAGCUACUGGAAACCAGAGCCAAGAAGACAAACGCAGACUACAAGAGAUCCUUUGAGAUUCCGGAGGAGAGCUCUCAGAGUCACACUGGUCUCACUGGGACAUUCUCCACCUUCCAAAUAGACAACUUCCUGCGCUCCACUAAAGGGAAUGUAGCCGCUGAGCAUCGGAGUCCCAGGCGCUCCAGUCCCAUUCCUGUUAGCGUAGCGAAGACUCUGUUCAAUGACCUGGAAGAUGUGUUUGAAGAUGGAGCUGAAGAGUUCCCACAGUCCACUUUCAUGUCCCCGCCCCCUGGCAAAGCUGACAUUUGCAGGAGCUUGAGCCUGGACUCUGACGGGUCCAUGCAUGAAACAUCGCCCACCACCGACUGCAGCUCCGCUCCUCCAUUGAGCAAGACGUCAGAAAGUAGGAAUUUAGUAUCAUCAACGGAAAAGAAGAGAACAGAUUCUCUGUUCCAGACCCCUACUGUUUCCACAGCAACACCUAAACCUGUUCAGAGUGAGCAGAGAGGCGGGUCCCAGUGUUCCUACGCUAAUAAACUCCACAACGUCUCCGCUGGCGUCUCACAGUCGCCGUCUUUCCUGAAGCCACGGAACGCCGUCGUUUUCCGCAGCUACUGCAGCUCCAUCAACCGCUCCAAUGUUUCAGGGGUGUCCAGACUCAGCUGUGGAUCUGUGGAGGUCAUGGAGGUCACCUCCUCCUCUCUGAAUCAGUCUGCGUGCGGCGCGGCGACGCCCGUGCAGAGGAGGAGACACUCCAACAAUUCUCUUUUUCAGACUCCUCAGCCCAUGUCGACCUGCCACACCCCUUACCGGACUCCAAAGAGUGUUCGAAGGGGUGCGCUGCCAGUUGAAGGUGCUCCGAUUUUGGGAACCCCUGAUUAUUUGGCUCCGGAGCUGCUGCUCGGGAAACUUCACGUUUCAGGAUGGGCUCAGUUUGACUGCAUGGUGGAUUGGUGGGCGCUCGGCGUGUGUCUGUUUGAGUUCCUCACGGGAGUGCCGCCUUUUAACGACGAGACGCCUCAGCUGGUUUUCCAGAAUAUCAUCAACAGAAACAUCCCCUGGCCUGAAGGAGAGGAGGCACUGUCUGCAGAGUCAAGGAACGCCAUUGAAAUCCUGCUCACCAUGGACGUGACGAAGCGUGCUGGCCUGAAGGAACUGAAGCAGCACCCUUUGUUUGAGGGGCUGGACUGGGACAACCUGCAGAACCAGCCGAUGCCUUUCAUACCUCAGCCGGAGGAUGAAACCGACACCUCGUACUUUGAGGCGAGAAACGACGCUCAGCAUAUAUCUGUGUCUGGCUUCAGUCUAUAGCCUCUGGCCUAAACUGCACUGAUUUAAAUAAAUAAAUGUUCUGUUAACUGGUUCUAUUUGAAAAUAAAAAAAUGUUGAUGCAUGUGCAAUCACUGUUUAUAGGAGCUGGUUGUAGAAAGUAUUUUAAAACUUUGUUUAUUUGCUGAUUCAAGAAGUUUUAAAUUAUAAUUUUUGCUUGUUAACUUUAUCAUCUGCAGGUUAAGGUGUUACUUUUGCAUGUAGAUCUGUUCUCUCUUCUGCCGCCAUGUUUUUCUCUAAAAUAAUCACCAACUUAUCUGUGACUUGGCAGGCGGGCCCCUCUCUAUUCAGAGGUUUAAUAAAACGAAGGAAGACUUAUUAUUAUAUAGUGCACAUGUUGAUUAUAUUGUCUGAUUUGUUUUUAAGUGGGACUUCAAAUUAAACAGGAAUUUCCCGCU